AAUAAAAUUACCCCGUUUACUUACAGCAAAUUGGCCUCUUUUGAUGGGAAAAAGGCAAUACGCGGCGGCAUACCAUUCGUCUUCCCUCAAUUCGGUCCAUGGUCAUUUGGUGCUCAACAUGGUUUUGCACGCAUUACGCGAUGGAACUUAGAGAGACCACCGGAACGGCUGCAUAAUGGUGAUGUAGAGGCUAUAUUUUCUUUAAUGGACAAUGAUUUCACAAGAUCUAUGUGGAAUUAUCAAUUUCGCAUCACAUAUCGUUUGAUAUUGCGUGAAAAGGAAUUACAUUUUCAUAUAGGUGUCUAUAAUCCUAGUAAAGACUUAGCGCUUACAUUUAAUCUCUUAUUGCAUACGUAUUUAAAAGUUCCUGAUGUUAGACGUUGUCAAAUUACUGGACUGCAUGGUUGUACCUUUAUGGAUAAGACUCGCGAUGGUGCUUUGUAUCAAGAGGGUCGUGAAGUUGUGACGGUAAAUGAGUGGACCGAUCGCAUUUACCAGCAUACGCCACAAGAACACAUAAUAACGAAUGUUGUGUCGGGCCGUAAAAUGCGUAUACAUAAGUAUAAUUUUCCCGAUACUGUCAUUUGGAAUCCUUGGAUUGAUAAGGCCCGUGAAAUAGGCGAUUUCGGUGAUGAUGAAUUUCCGAAUAUGUUGUGUGUGGAGGCAGGCCAUGUCUCAUCACCGGUUAUAUUACUGCCAGGGACAGCUUUUGAAGCCAGUCAAAUUUUGCAGGUAAUGCAUUAA